CAGUAUUCUAAAAGUAAUUUCGGAUAGAUAAAUAAAUAGAUAGAUAGAUAGAUAGAUAGAUAGAUAUAUUUUUAAUUUAAGAUAUUUAAUUAAGUAAAUAUGUAAUAGCAAAAGUUAAAUGUGGUAAAUACUAUUUCCUUAAAGGGAGUAUCUAGUCGAUACAUGACUUCUAGAAUAUAUCAUCCUUAUAAGAAAAAAUGCUAUAUAUUUGUUGGGACAAAUUAGAUGAUCUAUUUUUUAUCUAUAAAGAAAGAUGGAGGGGAAUAUCAUAAAGAAUAGGAGUCAUAAGUGUAUAAGUUGUAAGAACUAAAGAAAAUAGACUAAAAUGAAAACGUAUUUACCUGCUUAUCAACAAUGAUUUAUAAGGAUGAGGUUGUUGUUUUAACUGGAUUUGUAAAUAAGCAAACAUUUUAAUCAUAAAUAUAUGCCUAUUAUUUAAAUUCGAAUCUAGUUUAUCACAAUGGAAAUCUUUUUAACGAAUCUAAGAUAAAUUUGAUAAAUAUGAGAUAAGUUAAUUAUUCAAAAAUACAGUUUCUUUUCACAUCUUCAUCUGAUAAUUCAAUCCGAAUAUUUAGAUUUGUAGAGCCAAAGUCGAAGAAGUAUUAGUUCGAGUUGUAAUUUAUUCACAUUUACAAAUUCGAUGAGUUUAUUAUUGAUUUUGAUAUGAAAUGCAUUCUUUAAACAGAGAUUUGUGUAUUUUCACAUGAGCUAGGAAAUAAUAAAGUGUUUUCUGACACUAAUGAGGGAAUUGAACAUAAAUUAUAAGAAGAUUAAUAGACAGACAUAGAAAAUCAAUUGGAAGAAUCUAGUAAAACAUUACAAGAAUUUAAAAUACAACAUUAAUCAAGCAGUGAGUUUGCUAACAAGACAAAAACAUCUGGAGAAAUAUAAUCAUAGUAAGUUUUAGAAGAUUAAAGAGCCAACAGUCACAACCAUUUAAAAUUUCCUUCAAUUGGAGAUUAUAACUCUUCUAAUAACUUAGACUUAAACACAUAGUAAAUGGAAAUGAAUUUACCUUAAAUAGAUAAACUUAAAAAAACACCUACGACUGAUAGCAGAGAUAAUAACAUUUCUGAACAAUAAUUAAAGUAAUUCUUUUAGAAAAAGCAAAAAAGUCUAACAGUAAAGAUAUCUAAUGAGCAUCAAAAACAUAUCUAAUUCAAUUAAGAAGAAAUUAUAGAGGAAUUCAGUGGAGAAAAUAGUACUAUAACUACUAAAAAACAUAGUUAGGAUAAUAUUGAUGGAGAACUUAGAAAAGAUGAUAUUAACUCUAAUAAUUAAAUGAAUAAUAAACAAAAAAGAGAAAUUGCUUCUACUUUUUCUUACUAAAAUAAGCCAUUAAUGAAUGAACUAAAGCUUAUGCAUAAUCCUCUAUCUAUGCAAAAUAGUGUUAAUUUUACUUAAAACCACUUAAAAUUACCAAAUUUAAAUUCAGCAAAGAGUGAGGCUUCUUUGGUGAACAUUAAAUAAGAUGAAAUGUAUAUAUCAUUUAUUGAUAUUGAUGGACAAGUAAUUGUAAAAAAGCUUUAUAUUAAUCCGUUUGGAUUAGAACUUUCAUAAAGCUUUUAAAAGUCAGUAACUUAAUCAUAAGCAAAUUUGGGUAUUGCAGGUAGUUACUGCAGAUUUUUAAAGUGCAUGGAUAACUAAUAUGACAAUUUUCAAGAAUCUUCAUCAUCAGCUCAACUACUCUCUAAGAAAUAGUAAAAAAAGUAAGUGAAAUUUUAAUAAAAGAGAUAGCAGUAGUAAAUGAAUCAGGAUAAAAAUGAAUUACAAAAUUAAUAUGAUGAUUAUGAAGAUAAAUAAAUUAAAGAUAAUUAAUCUAUUUAAAGUUUAUAAACCAUUCAGUAAAUUGAUGAGCAAGGAAAUGAAAGGUUAGAUAAAGCUCUUAGAGAUGUAAAUUUAAAUCUAAUUGUAACAAAUCUAAUGGGAGAUAUUAUAGAGUUCAAGAAUGUGCCUCUUUAGGGUCUUGAUAAUCCUAUUGCUUUUCCUUCGUUUGAUAAUUAUAACUCUGGAGUGACAGGGUUAUGCAUAAAAUCUCAAGAUACACUUGAAAUAUUAGUUAGCUAUUUUGAUGGGUCAGUAAUAUUCUUUGAUUUAAAUAAUGAAGAUUAAUGGAAUCUCAAGCUAUCUUAGCCUUUAAACUCUAACCAUUUUGGUGUUUAUUAUGAAAAUACUACAGAAAGUGACAUCGUUUUUUUGAUAUCAGAUGAUACAAUCUAAAUUUAUGAACUAAAUAGCUACCAUAUAAAUUGAAUGAUUUUCAAAUAAAAUAUUAACCAACUGGUUUAUUUAGUCUAUUUAAAUUCAAAAAAAAAAUUAUAAAUCUUAACUGAGAGAUUUUACCAGUGAAAAUACUUUUUUUCUUAAGUUUUUAAUUGAAAAUAUUUCUAAAUUAAACAACUUAAAAAUAAAUAAAAAAGUUAUUCAUAAAUCAUGGAAAACUAAAAAAAUAUAUAUGAUUGUUUUAUAUGUCUUUAACAAAGUGAUUUUCAAAUCCAGAAUAAAUA